UUAUUUGUGGCAAUAAGGAAUGUACUGACAACGCUAAGUGUGUCCGAAAUAGAUGUGUUUGUAAAGACGGAUUUUAUGGUAUAGGUCAUAUAAAAUGUUCAGAUACCUGUGGAGGAUACGAGUGCGUGAAAUUCUCCAUGUGUAGGCAAAACAAAUGCAAGUGUAAUCGUGGCUUCUACGGAGAUGCAACGUCGGAGUGCAAAAGACUUUGUGGGCGACAAAAGAAGAAAUGCGACGAACAUGCCACCUGCAAACGCAACAAGUGUGUGUGUGAUAAAGGUUACAUUGGGAACGGUUUAAAGUGUCACAAGCCGUGUACCUGUUCCGCGUCUGGACAUAUACACUACAGGACAUUUGAUGGCUCUAUGAUAUACCAUCCUGGAAACUGCAGCUAUUUGCUGUCUGACCAUACCAAUUCCGAGGAUCCGUCAAACAACUAUAGGAUCAUUGUCCACAAUGAAGUGGGACUCAAGGGGGAGCCUGUUAUGAUCAAGUCCGUUUUAUUUGAAAUAUACGACCAGACCGUGUUACUUAAAGGCAACGAAAUUUUGGUGGACGAAUUGCACACGGAUUUACCGUUCACGAGUAAGACGGGAGCUUUAAGGAUAUAUCGCAGUGGAGUAUAUACACUGGUGGAGACUGACAGCUACGUCAGUAUUCAGUGGAGUGGCAAGGCUACGGUGCUAGUAGAGACACCGUCCACGUACAGCCCCGGACUCAGUGGCCUGUGUGGUGACUGUAACGGACAACAGGACGACUACCGUACCCGAGAGCGCCAGGAUGUGUCACAGUCUGCCGAUAGGGACACUGAGAUCGGGAACAGUUACGUUACACCCGCUUUGCUGGACGGGAAGCCUAGAGUAUGCACGGUUGCUACACCAAAACAAUGUAAAGUUGGCCCCAAAAAGAUCGUAGGUAGACCGGGUAAAUGUGGUCAACUCCGUCCUGAUGUUAAACGCUCGAAGUUUCUGAAGUGCAUCAAGGCAGACCCGUUACUAGCGAAAGACAUGUAUAACGUGUGUGUUCAGGAUUAUUGUGAUAUUUUCGGAAACAGAAAAGUCAGAGAGCAAGUUCUAUGUACCGUAUUGGAGGGGUACGCAGCAAGAUGUAGCAAGAUGAACACAUUGGCCAGAUGGAGGUCGCGGGCGUGUAAGGUGGGCUUGAAUUGUCCGAAACAAUCAGUGUACCGAGCGAUGAGCCGGGGAUGUGCUAACUCGUGUGCUAACAAGAGAGCAGUAAGGGACUGCACGCGACCAAAGGUCGACGGCUGUAUGUGUAAGGGAGGCUUUUUCGAAAGUGGAAACACGUGUGUCCGUAAAGCAGACUGUGGAUGUGAAGACAAAGGGAGAUACUACAAGCUUGGCUCCAUCCGCCGGACUAGUGACUGCACUGCGGUGGAGAAAUGUGUCAAGAGUAAGAGAACGGCCAGAUUUGAGAUCAUCGCCUCAGAUGAAGGUUGCAAUGAAUGGGCCACAUGUAAAGUAGUUGAUGGAUUUUACAAUUGUGCUUGUGAACCUGGCUUCAUUGGCGACGGAUACACAUGCACACCCGAGACAUCGUGUAACGUAACCGAGCACACGGAAGACUGUGUGGCGACUGUGAAGCUAAAUGGCCGGUGUAUAUUCAAGUCCAAAUACCAUAAUAGUUGCAAUUUCUUUGUCUAUACAUUGAAAAAUCAGUCUUAUAUCCAUUUUGUUGGGAAACCUGGACACGUGACUCUAAGGGAAGGCAACGAAACGCACAAGGAUUGUGCGUCAUUUUCGCUGGAUCACCUUACUUCCACUCUCACUAUCAAGGAAACUGUAUGCGAUUGUCCUGGGCAUGACGUUUCUUAAAUUGUAUUUAAUUGCUUUUAAUCCAAUUAUCAUAAAACAAUAUCAGCAACAGUGAAUAGAGUAAUAAAAAAA